CCUACUAGAGUCUAUACAUAGACCGCUUACAUGAGUGCUAGAUUAUUCCCCUAAGAAACACACAUCACAAGUUCGCCAUUCAGAAUCAGUGAAGCCUUUAUAUUCUAAAGCACAUCACCCUUCUCAAAUCAUAUCCGCCCUUUCCAAACUACCCUAAAUCUUUCUAUCUUCUUCUACUUAGUUUGUUAUUGACAUUACAUUCGUCGUUGACUAUCACCUUCAGUCUCUUUAGUUUCCUGCCUGAUUUUCCGUAAUUAGGUCUACAGGACAUCCAUCUCACUCUUUUUUAAAAACAAAAACAAAAACAAAAAACAUCCCUUCCUUGUGAAUAGUAACACUCGAUUUUACCGAUCUCCCGAGAAGCGUUUCGAAGAUAGAAUAACAUGAACAUCCUCUCGCCCGCCGCGUUUCUCAUCAUCUUGGAGCUCUCAGGCCAAUUGCCGCAGUUCGCCGCGGGACAAGGAUUACUAGGCUCAGGACCACCAGGCGGCGCCCCCGGGCCAAAGCCAGAUGGCCCCAAGUUGGACAGCCCGCCAGGGAUGGGCGGAGGUCCUGUUAAGACCGACGGCCCCAAACCCGAUAGCCCACCAGGAAAGGACAUGGGAGCACCACCAGGCAAAGACAUGGGCGGGCCAAGCAAGGGCCUCGGUUUGCCUUCUCCCGGACCUAACUCCUCCGCCUCGGCUUCUGCCGCCGCUGCUGCUAGUGCCUCGGUCAGCGUAGACGGCAGUACCAAGACCUCUUCCGAUUCGAGCAAAUCCGGAGGUCCACCCGGGGGUGGUGGCACAUGGAGUCUCACUUCUCCAUCCGGACAAACAUGUUCAUGUACUUGCAAGGACGAGCCCAAGCCUCCGCCGCCGAAGUGUGACUCGCCCCCGCCGAUCACCAGCGGCGGAGGCGACACCCCUCCGCCCCCGCCGCCGGACAAGAAGGACUCGCCGCCCCCGCCGCCGGACAAGAAAGACUCGCCCCCGCCGCCUCCUCCGGAUAACAAGGGGCCACCUGAUACUCCCGGAAUCACGUCCCCAUCCGCGGCUCCUUCGGUCAUCUUUGGCGCUCCCAACUGGAUCUCAGAAAGCUUCUUAUUGGGCACUCUCAUGUAUAUACUCGCCUGAUAGGCUUUUGUGUGUUCCCCCUAUAUACAGCGAUCCGCUCUCACUCUCAUCUAGGGUCUCUCUCCAUCUCUCUUCUUAUGUGGAUUAGCUUCAUCUUCAUAUCAGAUUAUCUUCCUGGAUGAUACACAGACUCUUUUGGUGCAAUGAACUAUUGGCUUCUUUGCUCCUCUCAGUCUUGAGUUUUAACACCAACAAAAUUGCCCUUUUUUGCUUUGCUUUUCGAUCUGGUGUUUGUUAUAUUUUUCGUUCUUCUGUUUUGUUCAUGGAAUUUAUUGAUCCCCUUCAUCUACCAAUCCAGUCUUUCAAUAAAAUGGAACACAUAACUAGGAUGAAAUUCGUAGUUGAUGGGAUUUUGAAAAAAA